CGUCACGCGCAAAAUUUAACCAUCCCCAUCCACUCCCACUGCCACACUCCACUCCACUCUCCUCGGCCACUAUAAAAGCUGCACCCUGCUCGGUCUGCUUCCCCCACCCCCAUCGUCCCCAAGUACUCACGCCAAAAGCCCACCGAAAUCCUCUCCCCCGAUGGCGGCCUCCUCCGCAGCUGUGGCGGCGUGCCUGCUGGCGUGCGCGCUUCUGUUCCAGACGUGCGUCGCGUCGAGGAGGCUCACGGCGCUGGUGCAGGAGCAGCCCAUCACCAUGACGUACCACAAGGGCGCGCUCCUCUCGGGCCGCAUCGCCGUCAACCUCAUCUGGUACGGCAACUUCUCCGCCCCGCAGCGCGCGGUGAUCACCGACUUCGUCUCGUCGUUGUCCACCGCCCCGGCGCCGCAGCAGCAGCCGGAGCCGUCCGUCGCCAGCUGGUUCAAGACGGCGCAGAAGUACUACGCCAACUCCAAGGCGCGCUUCCCUGCGCUGUCCCUCGGUUCCCACGUCCACGACCAGUCGUACUCCCUCGGAAGGCACCUCAAGGACAGGGACAUCGUCAAGCUCGCCGCCCGCGGCUCGCCGAGCCGCGCUAUCAACGUGGUGCUCACGUCCGACGACGUCACCGUUGACGGCUUCUGCAUGAGCCGGUGCGGCACACACGGCGCGUCCCCCCGGUCCCGCGCCGGGCGGUUCGCGUACGUGUGGGUCGGCAACCCGGCGUCCCAGUGCCCCGGGCAAUGCGCGUGGCCGUACCACCAGCCGGUGUACGGCCCGCAGGCGGCGCCCCUCACGCCGCCCAACGGCGACGUCGGCGUGGACGGCAUGGUGGUUUCCCUGGCGUCGAUGAUCGUCGGCACCGUCACCAACCCGUUCGGCAACGGCUUCUUCCAGGGCGACGCCGACGCGCCGCUGGAGGCAGCCACCGCGUGCGCCGGAGUGUACGGCAAGGGUGCGUACCCGGGGUACGCGGGGUCGCUGCUGGUGGACCCGGCCAGCGGGGCUAGCUACAACGCGAAUGGGGCCCACGGGAGGAAAUACCUGGUCCCCGCGCUCGUGGACCCCGAUACGUCGGCUUGCUCCACCGUCGGGUAGAUUUGUAGGAAUGUACUGUUGUUACCACUGUGGAGAGUGUUCCACACGGCUGAUGUUUGUACCUGGGGUAGUGGUGAAAUUCUUUCAUUUGUUCAAUGAAAAAAAAUUAACUAGUUCAAGAUGGUACUGUUCUAAACUGAAAA